CGGCGGGGGGUGUUAGUUCAAAAAAUACCAUGGGGUUGAUAUUGAAGCACUGUGCCGGAUUUUUCCAGCUUCUUCGGUAGCGCCUGUCACCAGCGGCGGACAACUUUUGACAUUCGGCGGACAAGACAUGCUCUCUGAAGUCAAGUUGCGGGAUAGAUUGAUUUCGGUUCAAAGAAGUGAAGUAACAUCCACUCUGCUUCUCGGUUCAAGUUCAUCUAUCGGCGUAACAGAUUCUAGUGACAUCAUCCACGAUAAUAUUGAAUUUCUUGCGUGACAGUUGUGGUGUGCUACUGCCCAGCUAAAGCCAGUCCCGGUGAAUUCUGCAGGGGCUACUCAACAUCUUCGGGAAAGACCAUUUUGCGAAGGCUCAGAAACAAGCGGUCCUCGAAAGAACUUAGCAGGACAGGUUUGGUGUGGUCCCCUUCCAACAAAUACUACGCCGGGGAGAAGUAUUUAAACAAGGAGACUUUGAAAAUAGCUAGUGUAGCGAAAACGGAACUUAUCUUCCGUACAGUUGUGUGGUCGUCUUGCGUGGCAACUGUAAUUACUACUUUACGUUACUUACAGUUUUAUUCAACACGUCGACGACAACUUAUGGCCGGCUACGUGUUCGUCGCUUUCCGGGAGCUCGGCGGAGAUUUUACCGGCUACAAGGAAGCCGUCGCGGCGAAUUUAACCGACGGCGCGGAGUGCAUUUUUGCCGGCAAGCCCUACGGGGUGUACGAAAUGGCGACGACGGGGAAGGCGGAAAUUCCCCACAAAGACCGCCGCGAACGAAUUCGUGAAGAACCCAGUAUGAAAAGAGUGCUGCACAAGAAUUGCCCACUCUUCCCGUCAUUUGUGACGCAAAGUACUUGCCUCAAACAAACGAAACGGAAUGCACCCUAUACGGUCCUUUAGCAGUGUCAGCAUGACAAAGCCCGGAGUGGGCCGAAACAGGACUACAAUUGGUGCGGAUUUGUCAUAUUGAAGCUGCAUAAUUUUUGUCAUUGCUUCUGUUGCCCUUGCUGGAGAUAGUAAUACCUUCCAAAUGUGUAGUGAAAGGGGGAGUCAGUAGUGCGUGCAUUCUCAUACGCGGAGUUGCCGUUACAGAAGCAGAUUCUGGCCGAAUCCACCGCCGAUGUGCGGGUAGUGGAGGCGGACCCGGAGCUGUUUGCGGGCAUGAAAACUGGAACGGCGUACUGGUGCGCGUGGAUCCACGACGUGGUAGACGAAGAGCAGAACAUGGCCUACAUCAACGCCUCUAUUGCCGUAUGCACUGCAAAGGUAUCGUACUAUUGUAAAUAGCAAGACGUCAGCGUCAAAAAUGAAAUUUGUAGUCAGGAUUUAACUAUUGAGUAAUGCAUGAUGAAUGUGGUUAGUAUGAGUCCGAUACUUUUGUAAUGCAUACCCCGGGUCCGAGGCGGGUUACCCCUGCAAGCAGGACGACGACUCUACCAAGCCCGUGACCUGGGCGAUCAAGCAUCUGUCGCCGUCCGACUUCUACGGCUGCACCGCGAGCUUGCUGCCGGCCGCGGGCGCGGGGAAGCAGUUCGUAAUGCCGGGGAACGUGACGGACCAGGGGCUCGUGGCGGUGUUGGACCUGACGCCCUUCGGCAAGCGGGUCCGCGGGUGUCCCGAGUACAAGACGGCCUUGUUGAAACCGUUCGGGAUGGAGUACAGCGGGGAUGAAGAGGAGUACAACAAGUUCGUGGACCGGAUCAUGGCGGAGGUUUUGAAACGCGACCUGCGGAUCAUCUGCACUUCUGCGUGAACUGUCUUGGUUCGAAAAUAAUUUGUUCUACGACGUGUUGCUGUUGAGUCAACGAUUCUUAUUGCGUAGAGGAGGUUGUAACGACCUCUACCUCGUCACCCUGAGCUGCGGGAUCGAAUUCUCAGCGAUUCGAAGUCUGGGUGAUGAUAUAGUACGACCGCGGGGGGCGGUGGAUCGAUAAUGCAACAAAGUACUUACUUACUUACCCGGAGGUCUUCCUCGAUGCGAUUUUCAUCUUUCUUAUUAUAGUAUAUUCGUAUUGUUGCUAGUACGCCAAAAGGUGCGGGGGCAUGCAUUCUGGUCGUGGAUUCCGAACCUAGGCGAGCGACCUGAGAACAGUUUUUUUUAAGGUACCGGGUACGGAGCCUGUAAUAUGGGCACGCAGCAGUUGAAAGUGCAGCUUGCUCCCUUUUUUUAAAAUUGAAACGUUCCAAAAAUUUGGACUUGUAACAGCGGAUAAAAGCGAAACUCUCGUCUGCGUAACGAUUUUUUUGUUCACAAUUGUAAAUGCAAUGCAGUCUAGCUAUCUUUCCAAAAAAGGUAGACGGAUGGGAACACGUAGAAGGCUGAUGCAAAU